AUGGCUCAAUUCGGCAGCGAUGGCUACAACUAUUAUUCGGGCCAGGGCUUUCAAGGCUUCGACCCAAACCUCAUGCCAGACUUCAACAAUAUGGCGGCGCAGCAGCAGCCUUUCACGCAUAGGGCUUCCGACCCGCUGGCAUAUAUGCACAUGCAGUACAACGAGCUUGCCCGUGCGGGUCGGGAUAUGCCAGUUCACCACCUCACCAAGCCUGAAGACAAUAUGCCAUGGAAUGGCCAAUUUCGGGAUGGCGUGCAGCAACAACAUCAGCAGUUUGAUCCGCGUGCGUGGCAAGGCAACGUAAACGAGCGAGGGGCGAAAACCGAGCCCGUGCCAAAUCAACAGACCUAUAUCGGACGGAUUGGCUCUCAAAAAAGCUCUGAUGUUUCCGAUUCAGCCUACGCGUCCUUGCCCACGUCCAGCGUACCUGUGGAGAACUACAAUUCGAACAAGCAAGAACUAGAGCAGGACUUCCAAUCGCCCUGCUUCGACACACUCAAAUCUGAACACGGCAGCGAGGUUCAUCUAGCAAUCAGUGCACCGGAUCCGCCUCGAAGUGUCAAGUCCGAGGGACAUCACUUGACGAGAGACAGCAGGAGAAGGGUACAACUGGUACCAUGUUCGUGGUGUGGUAAACAACCCAAAAAUCUCUCAGACGCAAAGAAGCACUCGCUCACGCACGUCAAACCCCAUCUUUGCGAAGAACCAAAUUGCGAGCGCACAAAGGGGUUUGCUACGAUUAACGAUCUGGAACGACACAAGAAGAGUGUACACAGUCUUCUGCCGUCUGUUGGUUCGGCGGCAGGUUAUAUCUGCGCGGCGUGCCCGGUGCCUGACGGUGGUAGCCAAAGGAAGUUUUGGCCUCGAAGGGAUAACUUCAAGGCGCAUAUCAAGCGCAAGCAUCCCAAAUACCACGAAGGCCAGCUGAUUGAGGCAUCAAAACACGAUAGGAGACCAGACGACGCUCGUACAGUAGAAGAAGACAACAAGUCCGUUCGCUCAGCGAUGCAAUCUUCCCGUCGUUCACAAGGCGACUACAACGAGCCUCAAAAAUACCAGAUGUCCCCUAACCUAUCUCGUACUAUCCCUGAUCAGCCUGACUUCGGGAACAACAUCUUUCCGGACUCUGCCAUCGACAUGCAACAGGACAACUUCGCUGGUAUGGGCGAGCAUGCUACAGACUCGAGUAUGACUUUUCCACAAUAUUCUAUGGGCUCAACAGAUUCAACUGCUGCUGAUGGGUUUGAUCUACUUUCCAACAACAACAGCAGCAGCUGUAGUGGCUUUAGCAUGUCGACAUCGCCGUCCAAGAAACCGAAACUCAACCGAGAGACACUCCCAUACAGACACAACCCCAAUCCCGUCUUCCAGAUCACGGGCCCGGAGCACAGCACAGUAUCUUUUGCUAGCAAUACGCAAUCUACAGCAGCAUCGUCCACCGUCCAGGGCGAAUUCAAAUGCCCCAAAUGCGACAAAGUCAAGCGACGGGACUGCGAUCUGAAAAAACACAUGAAACGCCACACGCGCCCCUACGGCUGCACAUUCCCCUCGUGCCACAAGAAAUUCGGCUCCCGCAACGACUGGAAACGCCACGAAAGCUCCCAGCACUUCCUCCACGAAAUGUACAAAUGCGAAGCCCCCCGCCACGACGGCACGCCCUGCACCCGUCGCCCGUUCCGCGAUAUCGAAGCUCUGAAGAAACAUCUCCGCGGCGACGAUCACCGUCUGCAGUGCACCGACGACGAGAUCCUCGCAGAGUGCAAACGAUACCUUCUCGGUCGCGAGGGUCAUGAGAGGUUCUGGUGCGGCUUCUGCCAGCGCCUCGUGUCGCAAGAGAAGGCUCUGCAGAAUGCUUGGGACGCGCGGUUCAAGCAUAUCGGGGAUCACUUCGAUAAGGAGGGCAAGGAUAGUGGGGAUUGGGUGUGUAUUGAGGAGAAUAAAGCGAAGAGGUUCAUCGUUCCGGUGGAGGAUGGGAAGGGGAAUGGGAAGAGGAGGGGGAGUUAUCGGAAGGAUGGGGAGCAAGAGGAGGAGGCGGAGUUGCCGGUUUUCAAUCCGACGGGUGGGAGUGGGUUUGGGGGGAUGGGGGAGUAUGAGCGGGGAUUUGUUGGGUUUGUUGGGGAGCGUCAAGGGCUGAAGAGGAAGUGUUCGGCUAUGGAGCUUGAUGCGGAUGGGGAGAGUGAUUAUGAGAUGAAUUGA